AUGGCAUCUACAGACUCGAUACCUUCUGUUUCAGCCACUCUCCCUGCGAACUCCCCCGGUGUUGUUGCUGACCCUGAAAAUGACGCGCCAACGACUUCCGCCCUGACCAAGCAAUCCGACACCGCCCUAACCAGUACAGCAGCCUCCGAAGACCCAGAGAAGAAAACAAAGCGGAUAAUCCGCCGCAAGAGACGGCCUGCUCGCGUUCAAAUCGACCCGGCCACAAUCAAAUCGGAGCCACCUCCUCAAACCGGUACGAUCUACAACAUUUGGUAUAACAAAUGGUCUGGUGGCGAUCGCGAAGACAAGUAUCUCUCGAAACACAAAGCGCCUUCGCGAUGCUCUAUAGCUACGGAUAGUGGGUAUACACGUGCAGAUAAAGUGACCGGGUCAUUUUUCUGUUUAUACUUCGCGCGAGGGGUUUGUCCGAAGGGCCAUGAAUGCGAAUACCUACACCGAUUGCCGGGCAUACAUGAUCUAUUCAAUCCAAACGUCGACUGCUUUGGUCGAGACAAGUUCAGUGAUUACCGCGAUGACAUGGGUGGCGUGGGAAGCUUUAUGAGACAGAAUAGAACGCUAUAUGUGGGAAGGAUACACGUUACAGACGACAUUGAAGAAGUCGUUGCGAGACAUUUCUCCGAAUGGGGUCAGAUCGAUCGAAUCCGAGUUCUUAACAAUAGAGGUGUUGCAUUCGUUACGUAUAGUAACGAAGCAAAUUCGCAAUUUGCCAAGGAGGCUAUGGCGCACCAGAGUCUGGAUCAUAAUGAGAUUUUGAACGUGCGCUGGGCUACUGUGGAUCCGAAUCCGGCAGCUCAGAAGCGCGAGGCCCAACGAAUCGAUGAACAAGCAGCAGAGGCCAUUCGAAGAGCUCUGCCGGCUGAUUUUGUGGCGGAAAUAGAAGGAAGAGACCCGGAAGCCAGGAAGAGGAAAAAAAUUGAAGGAGGGUUCGGCUUGCAGGGCUACGAACCUCCCGAUGAGGUUUGGUACGCUCGGAGUAGAGAACUCGAAGAAGCUGCAGAAACUCGACAACUUGAAGCCCCCGAACAGCCAUAUAUGAUCGAGGAUGCCCGUACUGCUCAGCACACGUUUACUACAGCUGGUUCUACAGCAGACCGAGGCGGAGGUAUUCUUUCAGGCGCAACGCUAGCAGCGUUGCAUGGAUAUGGUGGUUCAAAUAUAAUACAAGCUUCUACCCCACAAAAUACUGGCCCUCUGGUAGCCUACGGCAGCGAUGAUGAAAGCGAUUGA